UUGUGCACUUUUUGAAUGCACCGGGAAUAAAGGGACUUGUUUGAUGUGAUACCAAGUUUUGCAUCGAUUUUUGCUACAAUAUUAACGGCCUCUAUGUUAAAAAUGUAGACAAAAUGUGUCUUUUUGCGCUCUCGCAUUAGAUUUUGAGUAUGCAGGGGAUGUCACGCAGAAAAUUUGCUUGCCGAGGCCUUAUAUAUACAUCGCCGGGGCUCGAAUUAUAAUCGUCAACAUGGUUUGACGUGGACGACUGCUAACCAGUAUUACGGUUCGCAGCGCUAGACAGUCAGUAUUACCGUUCAGUAUUGCGAUGGCGAAACAACUUAGUUCCACACAGGGGACAUCUUCGUACGGUGGGUCUGAACAUUCAGCGGAGAUAAAGGGAACACCACCCACAGAGGUCGUUCUGGAUACCGUUAGUAAAAUCCUGCGGAACCUCCGGAGGGGGAUGGAGCGGCUGUACGGGAUGGACCUGGCGCCGGCCAUCGGGAGGGGGAUGGAUCGGGUCGGGUUUAAGGCAGCGUUCCUCACGGCAGUCCCGCCUGCACUGUGCGCACGGUCCUACUACAUGGGCGACGGACAGGAGGCCUGGACUAUCGACAAAUCUGUGGACCAAGUUGAAACUACAGAUGUUGUGAUCUACCCAGCCUCCGAUGACGGCCCGUGGGGCUGUAGUGCGGACUUGGACACAGAGCCAGACGUUCCGCUCAGGAUGCUUCACAACGAGGACGACAUCCCUGAAAGUGUUUCAUGGGUCGCAGUUGUCCAUCUUGAAUACGUGGCUGUGAGCAUGGCACGAUUAGGAGCGACCCCUACCGGCGGUGUGCUGAGCCACAGCGGCGGGAGCUGGAUACCCAGCUACACGGACAGGAUGUUUCUGCAGCGAUGUGCGAAGAUGAUUGCUGGUAUGUCCGCGGACGAACUUCUCGGCGUCCAGUUUCACGACAAAUUUCGCGGAAACAUUACCGUGGCCGAGAAGGCAACAGAGGCGCUGGAACACGCCAUCGGGAAAGCACGCAAGCUCGUCCGCCAGAUGCCAGCAACGACGUCCGUCUACGUCUUCGGAAUCGUCGGGCUCGGCCCAACCGUGGCAAAGCCAACUUGGAGACUUAUGUAAAAAUAAUUUCCUAUGGAAUCUUUAUAGUAGUUGCUUGUUGUAUUACAGUUAUGACCAUUAGAAUGCAACAAGACCACAUGUUCAGAAUUAGAGAAAAAUGUAUAAAUGCAACGAAAUCAAAAAUUGGUUCUAGUAGGAACAUAGGAGAGUCGUGACAAUUCCAUAGAUUCCUUUUAAGCAACCUAUAAGCGAUGUACCGCUUCAAGCCAUGAAAGUUCUUUAAAGCUUGAACUAUAAGGACUUUGCAAUUUUUUGCCCCGUUAAGCCCCAGUCUUUGUCAAGUAAUCAGCAAAUCACUGCUUCUGCCAUGUCAGGUUAUGCAGAUAGAACACGUGAUUCGGUGAUCAGUGAAUCAUAGGUUGCAGAAAGUUUAUGACGCCUCCCGUCUCUUUUAAGGGAUGGUUCUAAAGCCCUGAUGUGAACCUCCUGCACCUUAUGAUCUACUGCUCCCAUCUACAUAACGUGACGUCACAGAAAUAGUGGAUUGUUCAUUCCUUGACAAAGACUGGAGUUGGUCAGUCAAAAAUUGGAGUAAAGUCCAUUUUUUCUGUUGGAAAUUACGGUUCAAACUUUGUUGUAGAACGACUCUACCAACACAAAUGAACUUUAAGCUUGGAAGUCAUUUGAAGAGUAAAAUUAAUCUAAGGUCACAGCAAAUAAAUUCUAUGGAUGACAUCCUCUGCAGACGGCAAAAAUAGUGCGAUAGAGCGAAAAAAAAACAAGAUGGGUGAAAAAAACAAGA